CGUACAAGUAAACGUUAUUGAGGCCUAAUUUGCUUUAAAUUUCAGUUUGUUAAGAUUCCUGAACCCUAAAAUUAAGAUGGACGACUUCCAAGCCGGCGAGGAAACCACUUUUGUCGUAGACGACGUAAGCAAUGUCAUAAAAGAGUCGAUCGAAACCACAAUCGGUGGAAAUGCGUAUCAACAUAACAAAGUCAACCAGUGGACCUCAAACGUGGUCGAGCAGUGUCUGAACCAGCUUACUAAGCUUGGUAGAUCGUUCAAGUACAUCGUCACAGCAGUUAUCAUGCAGAAAAAUGGCGCUGGAUUGCACACAGCAAGUUCCUGCUACUGGGAUAACUCAACCGACGGAAGUUGCACUCUACGUUGGGAAAACAAGAGCAUGUAUUGCAUUGUCAGUGUUUUUGGACUUGCUAUAUAGACGUGUAUGUGUUUGGUACUGUUUCCACCAUAUAAUACUGUUUUAACGCUUCCUUGCUUUUCAUUUUUAAUGUAUAAAACGUGUUUCAAAUAAAUAUUUAAACAAAUUGUUAGAAUUCUUAAGCUACUACUUCUUUAAAACAGCUAAAAAAUGAAAUAUAAAGUUAUUUGACGUUGUGACUUGCGGUAUAUUAUUUGGCUGAAGAG